AUGGAAUUGGUUGUCGCAAAAAAAAUUCUAAAAGUGUUUUUUUGUGUUGCCUUUAUUCUCGUAAGUGAAUGUGGCACUCAAAGUCCCAGUGAGAUGAUGCAUGAAUAUUUGGAGCCAAGAAGCUUUUGGUACGAAUCCAUGAGACCAACCUUUUUCUUGACUAACACCUUUCUUCAUUCAAUUGCCGGCACAGGAAUAACGAAAUCUAUACUGAAAAGUUUAAACCUCAGUAUUGAAAAAGUAACUAUGGAUGAUUUUUCUAAAUUAACUUUAAAUCAGUUUAUUCAAGAGUUGUCCAAAGAUAAAAGUGGACUCUUCAUGAACGUUGUAAAGAGUAACGUGACGUAUACGUCGUUCUUUGUUCUUGGGAUCUUAAUAAUCAUUUUCAUGUGGAUAGCCUGCUGCACAUUCUUAUGUUUGCGUAGUCUGGCUGCAUAUGGUACAUUGGUCAGUGGCAAGGUACUGAGUGAAAGUUUCGUGCAGUCAGACAAGAGGAGUCAGGUAAAAAUGAUUGGCGGCUUCAUGGGUGUGCUCGUGGGAUUGUUUGCCUACAUCGACUUUCUCAAAAAUGAAACUUCCACAGCGAUCAGUGUUGAUGAGUAUUGUGACCGCAUUGGAAUAAUCAUUAAAGAGAUUCCUGCUGAAAUGAAGGCGGUGCUUCACAAAAGUUGCCCAUCAUUUGCACUUUUGCAGAGUGAUUUGGCCAAACUGUCUCAAACCUUAACUGAUCUGGAGAACAAUAUUGAAGAACUGAAGAGACACGGCAUUUCAAUCAAGCAAGAUUACGAAAGUUUCAACAGAACGUUUGCUUCCAUCAAGCCAGUUGCAUUGCACCAGCUGAGUUUCUGUGCUAGCACAAGUAGUGAUUGUGCACUGGCUGCCACUUUGUAUCAGUCGUUUAUUUUUCUACGAAGUGACUCACUUGGGGAUUUUGAAUCUCUCUUAGAUAACUUUGAUCAACAAUUUAACAACUUGUUGGUGUCAAUGAGAGACUCUCUGACAGUUUUAAAAAGUUCCAUUCAGAACCUUGAACUUCCUCAAAUAGCCAAAAAAUUUGUGUGUUUUCAAUUAGGGGCGGUUCUAGGGGUUUUCUAG